GAACGUUGAAACGGCGACGACGUCAUUUUUAAAAUUACGUGAACGAGGCUGGCAGCGGUCGCAGGCCGGGAGGCGGCCUGACGUGGCGGGUGCAAGAAGAAGCUAACGUGACGGUCGCGGUCGCUGUAGUCACGUCACGAAGACGUCGAGGCACAUUUAAACUCGCAGUUCAGCCGAAAGACGAUUAUUUACUCGUGUUGCAACAAUCUCUUCCCUGCUUGGGGAUAAGGAAAGUGGGAGGAAAUUCCAGACACGAUAGCCACCUAUACUCCAAAAGCCAAGGUCACAAACUAGUUGAGCUGCGAUUCCCUGGCGACCAGUUCAGGGUGAACCCCGCCUCUCGCCUGCAGAUCCCGGCAUUGAAAGCCGUCUCGUCCCCAUGGAGCAGCGUUUGAAUGGCGGCAACGCCGCAGAUGUGAUGAGUCCACAGAAAAGAUCUGCUUUGUCACGGUCAUUAAAGAUGACUCCGAUAUCCGUGUUCGGCUGUUUCCGACCAAAUGUGGGUCAGUGCUGCCAACAGUGCACGCCAGACAGUCUUUCACGCCAUCAUAAGAACUUUGGACAAGGACCCGCUCUUGGCUUCCAUAACAUUCUCUGUGUCAAUGAGACUCACACGAGGUACAGAGGCUGGCUAGUGCGGAGGGUAUGCGGCAUGCUGUUUGUGUGUGGGUGCGAGGUUUUUCCGAGUCCUGUUUGCAGUCGGCGGGAGGGGGUCUGCGAGAGCAACAGGGUGAAGGAGGCUCUUGCAACAGACCCGAAAACGCCUGAGGGGGCUGACAGCCAAGGGCAGCUCAAAAGCAUCUCAUCAUUUCGCCCCAUAAUUAAUACCUGCAUCUCCCCAUUUUUUUUACGAUGUGUGGGUUGGGCGAUGAUGAAGAUGUUUUGCUCUGUUUUUGGCGGCAUUCAAGUGAACCUCAACCACUUUGUGGCUUUGCACAGGGCCUCAGAAGAGGGAUCGCUGCUGGUCUACGUGUAUGUGCGUCAGAGCAUCAUGGACAGCGUUCUCCUCUCGUUGGUGCUCUUCUGUAACAACCUGAGAGUCCCAUACACAAUUUUUCCAGUCCAAGUCUCCAACUCCUUCCUCAGAUCGCUCCUUCAGAAAAUUGGCGUGAUCCUCUUGCCGCCAUCAGCGGCGACCGAGCAAGAUGCGGAGAUGGAGAAACUUUACGGGCCCGUCAUGACCUCCGUAAUACGUGAGCUGCUACAUGAGGGCCAAGCCUUGAGCGUCGGUGUGUCAGCCGAGUCUGGUCAAGGGGCCCGGUGGCUGGCUCGCAUCAGGCAGCUCAUCAAAGAGAAGUCUGUCCCUGAUAUAAGUCUGGUCCCUGUGGGAAUCUCUUAUGAUUGUGUGCCAGAGAUGCACACGCAGGUUGGCUCUCUAUUUCGCUGGCUCUUGUCUCUUCUGUGGAGGAAACCGGAAGGAAUGGUUAGGAUCCAUCUCGCGCAGCCCUUUUCUCUUCAGGAGAUGUAUGCAUCAGGUAGGUGCAGAGGACUUGAAUGGCGCCCUCUACAGGACUUGUUGCUGCCUGUUAUCCUUUGCAAAAGCACAGAGAGUGUGUUUGGUCAGAGGAAGAUAUCUUGGCUUUUGCCUUCUCGUCGUGCGUCAGAAGCAACCGCAGAGCCAACUCAUCGGGAGAGCGAGCUCAGCAUUGGCAUUGCUGUCCACCUCAUCUUCUCUGCAACAUCCUGCAUGGCUGUAAUGUCCACCAAUCUGCUGUCCAGUCUUUUGUUGUACAGACACCACAAGGGUGCGAGCAUGUCGGUCUUGUGUCGUGAUGUCACCUGGCUGACAAAGGAGCUCUUGUUCAGAAACAAAGAUGUCGGAUUUGGAGGAAGUCUAGCGGAGGUGCUCCGUUACUCCCUGGCACUGCUCGGCCCGCAUCUCAUCAUAGCGGCGGUGCCGUUAAGGCAAGACCCUUUAAUUGUCCCUCGUCCUACGCCUGCCGCCGCACUUCACUUUUUCCUGCAGGCCCAGAUUGUUACCCAUACUUUUAUUUUGGAAGCAGUUGGCGCGUGUGCGGUGUCAGCCAUGCUAUUCGAGAUUGCAGCCACCGGCGUCACCAGCAAGGUGAGGCCCGACAGCGCAGAUGGAGACAAAGUCAAAGGUGACGUGGAAUUUGAUGUGGUCCUCUGCCAGUCGGAGCUGACUGAAAAAGCCCUGCAGCUCUGCCAUCUCCUGCCUCCGGGCUUCAGACCGCCCUGCCAGUCUUCUCAAAGUUUCGCGGUGGAUGCUAUUGACAGUCUGGUGCGAUGUGGCAUCUUGAUCAUGGAAGAAGUCCAGAGGAACAGUCCAGUCUGUGAUUCUUGGAAGAGGGAGGGCAUGCUGACCUGGACCCCCACAGACGAGCUGUAUCAAAGCGAUUCCGAUUGCGAGGACGAAGAUUUGUGCUCCUACAAGGUAGGCCAACCAAAUCACUGCCCUGACAUGCUCCUCUUCCUAUGCAACAUGCUAGCCGGACGUCUGAGGGUUCUCUCCUGGACCACCUCGUUCCUGGACCACCUCUACGCUCCUCUACCAGAAGAGCAUUUUGUGUCUCAGCUGUGCUUUCAUCUGCGCGAGAUAGCAAAUAAGAAGAAAGAGCACUACGAGAGCUGCUCACAGGAAGCUACUCGUGCUGCCGUUGGAACGCUAAAAGAUUUGGGGGUCCUGAUGGAGGAGCAGCGCGAAGGAGGAGUCUUCCUCGGGGUCACGCCUUUGUUCCAGUCGGCGGAAAACAGGCAGAAACUUCAUCGUUUCAUCUCUCAGUACAUCUACAACUAAUAUGAUAAACAGCGGCGUUCAAUGUUAGUGGUCGGAGUUAAAAUGCUGUUUUAUGAUUGCGUGGCUGCACGCUGGUUGCAGAGGCCUUUGGGGUUAAUUGCAUUGAGAUUUUUCAGUUAUGAGACAUUGAUUGAAAGUUUUUCCUUGGUAAUAUCAUUAGCAUAAAGCUGCAGGAGAUGAGGAUUACGAGUCUGCCGUAAUCAGAUGUGUGGCGCCGCCGUAGUGUCACGAUGCGGAGUCCUUUCCAUCGUGUUUACAUUGCAACCAGGGCACUUUUGCUUGGAACCGUUCUUGCUUUUAAGUGGGUUAUUUCACGUGGUAAUGGGUGCCCUUGCUAAUGAGGCCCACUUCUGUUCGUUUCAUUUCACUGAUUGAGGUUGUUUUUUUUUUUGUCUUGUUUAUGAAGACUAAAGGACUUUCAACAGCCCCUUUUCUGCCGCCAUUCUUCAUUCAAAGUGGAUGCCCGUUCCAUGAGUUCUAUCACAUGAGUCCGGACAAAAUAAUAAAGAAAUGCAACGUCAA